AUGGCGUCGCCGUAUGAAGACGUCAAAGACAUCGGGCAUUCAGUUGAUCCUGACUUUGGUGAACCUGACGGUGAUCCCAACGCACCCAAAAAUGAGGUCGGCACCGAGCUCAAGUACGAGGAAUACUCCAAGGGUGGUCUCGGGCGACACCUGGGUAUCAUCUCGACAACGUUCUUAGUGGUCGGCCGUAUCAUCGGUGUCGGUAUCUUCUCGACGCCAUCCUCCGUUACCGAAGAGCUGGGCAGUGUAGGCGCGUCGCUCAUGUUCUGGGUGUUGGGUCUCGUUUUGUGUGCCGCGGGUCUCUGCGUCUGGCUUGAAUUUGCCUGCAUGAUUCCGCGCAGCGGUGGCGAGAAGAACUACCUGGAAGCAGUCUACAAGAAACCGAAGCUAUUGAUAUCAAUAGUUUUCGCGGUGCAGGCUAUUGCACUGGGAUUUACAGCCUCUGGAUGCGUCGUCUUCGCUGAAUACAUCCUCGAAGCAGCCAACGCCGCCGUCACCGAGUGGGCCAAACGUGGCAUUGCAAUUGGCGUUAUUGUCUUCAUCACGUUGUUCCACACUUUCUUGCCCAAGUGGGGUGUCCGGGGUAUGAACUUGCUUACCAUUAUGAAGAUCGUACUGCUGUUAUUCAUCGUCGUCACCGGAUGGGUCGUUCUCGCCGGUGGUGUGAGCAGCAUACCUGAUCCACAUGCGAGUUUCAAAAAUGCCUUUGCUGGAUCGACUUCGUCCAGCAACUUGUAUGCCUCGGCGUUGUACAAGGUAUUGAAUUCAUACGCUGGAUGGAGUAAUGCCAUGUACGUGUUGAACGAAGUCAAAAACCCCGUACGAACGAUGAAAAUCGCCGGCCCUCUCGGUCUCCUUAUCUGCGGUGUUCUAUAUGUUCUGGCAAAUAUCUCGUACUACGCAGCAGCUACCCCGGAUGAAAUUGCAGCAUCCGGGGUCACGGUUGCUGGCUAUUUCAUGGGCAAGGAACUCGCCAAAGAAGGCGUCAUCCCAUUCCCCAAAUUCUGGGCUUCCAGCUGGCCGUUUGGCUCCCCUUCAGCUGGUUUGCUGCUCCAUUUUAUCCCUUCAUUCAUUGUCAUCGUCGCCAUCCCCUUCGGAGACGCCUAUGACUUCAUUCUGGAUUUGGAAGGAUACCCGGGCAGCAUCAUCAACUUUCUCGUCGUGAUAGGGCUGUUCUGGUUUAGAUGGAGACACCCGGAAAUUCAUCGUCCGUUCAAAUGCUGGUGGCCUAUAGCAGGUUUCUUUAUGGUUGCGCAGGCUUUUCAACUCGUGGCUCCCUUUUUGCGCCCUCCUGGUGGCAAAGGAGAUACGUCACUUCCAUACUGGCUCUCUUCUGUUGUUGGAAUUGCAGUUUUGGCUGCAUCUGUCGUUUAUUGGGCGAUCUGGUGGGUGGCCCUGCCGGCUAUUGGGAAGUAUACCUUGGAGCCGCAGCAUGAACACUUGAAGGACGGUACCGUCGUAGUGGUCUAUAAGUCUGUCAAGACUUCCUAUACUUAG